AUGCCGCCUAUUGUCGUAGAUAGCAAAACCACCAAUCAUAAUACUCUAAUCAACGAUCUAAAAGGGCUAAUAAAAGGGGAAUUUAGAUUGAAACACACCAACUAUACCACCAUCAUAUUCGUAGAAAAUAAAGAAGACCACGCAAGCGUACUAGCUAACAUUAAAAAUGAAAAAAUAGCGUAUCAUACAUACACAGCCAGAGAGAAUAAAACCCAUGCUUUUGUGCUGAGAGGGCUAGCAGAGGGUACAAAACUGUCAGAUAUAGAAGAGAACCUGGAGGACGAACACGAUAUAAAAAUAAAGGCAAUAUAUCAAAUGAGAACCAAGGAGCGUCCCCUGUUCCUGGUAAUUAUGGAUCUAGUAAUGACACUGGACUACUUCAACAAAAACAUAAGAAGAGUUUUAUAUACAAGAGUUCAAUGGGAACUAAGAAAAUCCACUAAACCUAUUAUCCAGUGUCAUAAUUGCCAGCAAUGGGGACACGCAACAGCCAAUUGCGAUUUCGAACACAGCGCUAUUAAGAACGAGAUUAUAAAGAAACCCAAACUAGGUCAUUACACUGGUCACAGACAGUUGACCCAGACGAAUAUGGUUAACCACAUUCAGACCUCGCUCGUGAAAGGUUGUUUUUAUUUAUUAAAAAACAUGUGA